AUGGCUGAGGAUCAUAUUGUGCCACAACUAGGAUCUGGUCUUGUGAUAGAGGAAGUAUCUUCUAAGACGGUUUGUGACCAAGAGUUGGUGAGAAAAACUAUAGUGGACCACAGGCAUGCCAAAGAUGCGAUCACUUCUAGUUCUGAAAAAAGGGCCAAGACAACGCCUACAACCCUUGAACUACCUCAUGCCCCGACUACCCAUCAAGGAGGGGUGUUGAGGAGCGUUUCUCAUAGAAAGAACUGA